UCAGUUCAGUUGGAUUCAGUCACAGAGUCAGAGCGUCAGAUUCAGAUCAUCGUGGUCGCCAAAGGAUCGUAAAUAGAGUAUCAAUAUAUGUGCAUAUGCAUAUAUAGCGACGUACACGAACUGUCUCUGUCACUGAUAGCGAUCGAUAGCUGUACCUCCAUGUGUGUGCAUGAGUGGCAGCAUCAGUAGCGUACCCAAGGACCAAGGACCUCAUCCACAUAGCCCAUCAAUCUCACAGAUGCCAGUGGCGGAUUCCCCCCGAUAAAGGCAUCGAAUCGAAUUACAUCGCAUCCAUUGGACGAGGACGAGGACUAGGACUAAAGGACAGUGACUGACGCAUCCUGCGCUCGUUUGAUCGUUCGUUCGCUCGCUCGCUCGCUCUAUCGCUCUUUCGCUCGCACGCACCAAAAAAACCAAACAGAAAUACCAGAAACAAUACCAAGCAAGCCAAAAACCAAAUAAUACAAAGCUAAACAGACGCCUCAUUACCAAACAUCGAACGUUUCGUUGUCGUUUAACAAAAAAAAAAAAAAAAAAAACCAGAAGCACAGCAACCAAAUUCAAUUCAAUCAAAUCAAGUCCAAGCCAAUCCAAUCCAAUCCAAGAUCCAAUUAAAUUAAAUCAAGCCGAAUCCACGAGACAUAGAAACUGAAAAGUAAACAGUAAGAUCAACAGAUCAACGAAACCCAAAGCAAAAAGCUAAAGCAAUCAUCAGUCAAAGUCGAUAACCAAAACCAGCAACAUUCAGUUAAAAAUGGCCGAAGACGCUACCAUGGAGACAUGUCCAAGUCCUGAAACCGGCGACUCACGCAAAAGGCCACUCGAUUCCGAUCCGGAAAAUGAACAAACUAAACGCUCACAUUUCAGUUCCGGUGAGUCAGUUUGUUCUGGAAUUGAGGUUGAAAUUGAAAAUAAUAACAAUAAUCAUAUUCAUCAUGGCGAGACAACGUAUCACAUGAAAAUACUGGUGCCCGCGGUGGCCUCCGGGGCCAUCAUUGGCAAAGGUGGCGAGACGAUCGCCUCCCUGCAGAAGGACACGGGUGCUAGGGUCAAGAUGUCCAAGUCGCACGACUUCUACCCAGGCACCACCGAACGCGUGUGCCUGAUCACCGGCUCCACGGAGGCUAUCAUGGUCGUGAUGGAGUUCAUCAUGGACAAGAUCCGCGAGAAGCCCGACCUGACCAACAAGAUCGUCGAUACCGACUCAAAACAGACACAGGAGCGCGACAAGCAGGUCAAGAUCCUGGUGCCCAACUCGACCGCCGGCAUGAUCAUUGGCAAGGGCGGUGCCUUCAUUAAACAGAUCAAGGAGGAGAGCGGCUCCUAUGUCCAGAUCUCGCAGAAGCCCACGGAUGUGUCGUUGCAGGAGCGCUGCAUCACCAUCAUAGGCGACAAGGAGAACAAUAAGAACGCCUGCAAGAUGAUCCUCUCGAAGAUCGUCGAAGAUCCCCAGUCGGGCACCUGCCUGAACGUAUCCUACGCGGACGUCAGCGGCCCGGUGGCCAACUUUAAUCCGACCGGCUCCCCGUACGCCACCAAUCAGAAUGCCAUCAACUCGAGCACCGCUUCGUUGAACUCCACGUUGGGCACCACGAUCGGCGGUGCAAACUCGGCGGCCAGCCUGCUAGUCAACGGCACCGGCAUCAAUUUGUCCAUCAAUCUGGGCUCACCCAAUCCGGCGCCCAAUCUAGCGGUUGCCACACAGCUGCUCGAGCAUAUUAAGGUUGCCAUGCGCGGCUCUGGCUAUUCGGAGACCGUAACGAACGAAGUUGUCGCCGCUCUGAGCGUGCUGGCCAAGUACGGCGUCCUUGGAAUGGGCGUGGGUGUGUCGCACACCAACGGCGCCCACUCAACGCUGGGCAACUUCCUGGGCGUAACGACGCUGGACCAGCAGACAGCCGCUGCCGCAUCUGCGGCCACCGCCAGCAAUGUGUUCGGUGCCGUUGGCCAGGUAAAUCUGGAGCAAUAUGCCGCAGCGGUGGCCUCUGCAGCUGCCGCCAGCCGGCCGACGCAGUCGCAACUGGACGCUGCCGCAGUGCAAUUCGAUCCAUUCCGCCAUUUGGGCUCGGCAACGGCGCCGGCCGCCACGCCCGUCUCACUGAACAACAAUAGCUUUGGAUUGACGGCGACCACGGGAACGGCGACCACGGCGCAGCUGGGCGGUCUAAGCAAGAGUCCCACUCCCGGUGACCUUAGCUCCAAGGACUCGAAAAACGUCGAGGUGCCGGAAGUGAUUAUCGGCGCUAUCCUAGGUCCGAGCGGUCGUAGUUUAGUUGAAAUUCAACAUGUUUCUGGCGCAAAUGUGCAAAUUUCCAAAAAGGGCAUAUUCGCACCUGGCACUAGAAAUCGCAUUGUAACCAUAACUGGUCAGCCGAGUGCCAUUGCCAAAGCGCAAUAUCUAAUUGAACAGAAAAUCAACGAGGAGGAGACAAAGAGGGCGCGACAAAUUCCAUUAACCACUGUUGUGAAUUAAAAUAAAAAAAACAAAAAGUACCAUAACUAAUAUCCGAGUAAAGCAACAAAACCAGCAAUCUUAACAGAACAUCAAACAAACAGGCAAAAAGCAAAGCAACAACAAACAAACUACCCCAUACCCUCGACGGUUUUCCUCUAAAACUUGUUAAUUUCUUUGAGAAACGAGAGGAAAAUUUAAAAACCUAAAACUAAAAAGAAAUGAAAUGAAAUGAGAAGGGAUUACAAAAAGGAAACACCAAUUGUUAUGCUUGCAGCUCAGACUUAAGCAGUUAAAAGCGAAAAUAAUAAUAAUAACGUAUUGCAAAAAUCCAUAGAUUUUGUUCCAAGGCCUUCACCUCAAGAGAUUUGCUACUAACGCCCUUUGCCUACUAACGCCCUUUAAGAAAGUGAAAAACGAGAUAUGCGAAGUAGUGAAAAAUCUGUAAAAAUACUAUAUGCGUACUACCUUCUCAGCUAUACAUUGUUGCAUUUGUUUGUCACGAUCGUUAAAACGUAAAAACCGAAAACAAGUUAUAUUGCCAAUGGCCAAUUGCCAGUUAGACACAAACUAGUUGCGAAAGAAGAGCGUUUGGGUUUUUGGUUUGUUUGUGAUGCGUAUGUUUGCGUUGCGUGUUUUGUUUUUGGUACUCCCAACCAACUUAUACGAUACGAUACGUUACAUGGGGCAUAUAUACAUAUGUAUAUGUACACAGUUGUUGAGUCUUGUUUAUAUAUAUUAUCUACACACAUAUGCCCAUACAUAUAUAUAUAUACAUAUGCCACCACCCACUUACACACUUACACACCGCCCCCCCCCCCAAAAAAAAAAAACACACACCUAAUUAUUAGCAUUAUGUUGAGCUAAACGAAAAUCAAAUGUAUAAUGAGCGAGCGUUUUCAGUGAAAACUUCAGGUGAUUCUUACCCUCGAAAUAAGGUAAAUAUUUUACUACACCAACCCCCUCCUCACAGCCACCACAGACAAAAACACUUGCUAUGGCUAAUACUGCAACUGCAAACCGGCUAGUGAAAAAUACAACUUCAAAGAGUUAAGCAAACAAAAAAAAAUAAAAACAUAAAAAGAGUGACUUUGUUGACCUUUUCGUGAUUUCGUUAAAGUUUUCUGUUCCAUCUGUUCUCUGUUGUUGCCCCACUCCCUCUAAUUGCUUAUCGCUGUUAAUAUAUAUAUAUACAUAUAUAAACUUUCCACCUACGAUUCUACAGUCUGACCUCUGUAUAUGAACACUUUCGGAACGCUACAGUUGAUGUUGAUCAUGAUAAUGUUGUUUAGUUUUAAAUACAGUCCGAUCCGAUUCGAUUCAAUUCGAUCGGAUCGGAUCGAGUGGUAUUAAUGUGUUGCGCGCGCACGUGAGUCUCCUUUUGGUUAUGAUUUUGUGCUCCCGAUUUGUUACUCCUUAUAACUUUUGUUUUAUGUAUACAUAUUAUUUAUGAAAAAAAAAACACAUUGCGAUUUGUUAGUUGCCAGUCUGAGAACUGCACUUCUUACCUUUUUACUUAUUUUUUUCAUUGUCAUUUUGCGUUUGUUAACCACUAUUUUUUUGGUAAAUUUAGCACAUUUGUUUCUUACAUUCUAAUUUUAAGCCUUACAUUUUCUCACCUAAUGCAUCACAAAUAUCUUAAAAAAAAAAAAAAAAAAUUUACGAAAACAACAUAAAAAGCCUUAGCAAAACAAUUAUUUCUUUGUAAAAUAUUCACAUUAAAGCAUUCAUUUAGGGGUUUCUUCAUACGUCAAAACAAACAAUCCACCAAACAAUUUCCCUUAUUAAUUUUAAGUAUUGUGCAAUUAUUAAACAUUGUUUCAACGAACAUUUCAUAACGAUUAUAUGUACAUAUCUAUCUAGAAACGCAGUGUAAAGACAAAAGAUGUUAACAUCACAUUUAAAAAACUCCCUGUUCAUAUACACACAAAAUACACAAGGAUAAAAGUACCCAUACGAACACCACUCACCUACAGAGAGAGAAAUGCCUUACUUGUAAUGAAAUUUUUCUUAUUUACUUUAUUCCUUACACAUAUAAUUUAGAAUAACACUUCUUUUCGAUAAAUAAAACGAAGAUGAAACGAAAUUUAAAUAAAAUUUGACUACAAAACCAACAAUGAAAACCUGCAAAGUUUAUUUUCUUGUUUAUUUUUGGAGCGUUCCGCGCACCAUCCCAAUGACCACCGCAACCACCAUUACCACCCACCCAUCCACCCACCCACAAGCGCCGCACCACCACUAACCCAAUCGUGUUUCCAAACCAAAUCAGUCUACUACAACAUUAUCAUGACGAAUCAAAAUCAACUCAAUCAGACAGUCAGCCAGUCAAUCAGUCAACCACUUCUUUGCUCAGUUCGAGGUCUAUUUCGAUUUCGAUUCAAUCACUGAAAACGCUCAUCACCGUAGUGAAAUAAAAGGAAAAUGAAACAAACAAAAACCACAACGGCAACCAAUCCUAAGCUAAGUCUAUAUAUUUAAGUUGAAAGUUGUUCUUAUUAAUUUUUGCUAUUAUUGUUAAAACUUACCUACAAUUGUUCUUAUUUGUGCAAUAUUUAUAUAAUACGAUUAAAAUACAAAAUCAAGUGAAAAACAGAACAUAAAUAUAACACAAAACGAAAGAGAUGUAUAAGCAAAAACUAAAGCUAAAUGUGGAAACAAAAAUCCAGAGAGUAAAUUUGAAAGUACAGUCGUAAAUGCUAGUGUGCCUUGAAAUAUGCAUUAACAUCCAAAAAGAAAAAAAAUCGAAAACGUAAGGGGAAGGUAUAAGUAAAAAUGAUGUUGGUGUUUUAUUCGAACCUAUUAUUUUAUGAGUAUCAUAAAGAAAAACGAGAAUAAGUCAAGCCAGAGAUCGUUACAAUUUGAAAGUACAUAAAUGCAAUAGACCGUCAUAGAACAGCAGAAUUCCACAGUUUCAACUUUGAAACGUAGCUUAACAAACAACAACAGCCAAAAUCACAACAAGCAUAAGAACACAGAUCCCCCUUCGUCCACCCCACAACAACAACCAGUCAACCAAUCAAUCAGCCAAUCAAUCAGCCAAUCAGUCAACCAACCAAUCAACCUACCAAUCCAACAACAAACGACAUUUAUUUCUACUUCUUCGCCUUACGUCAGAUCGGGAGUGCAACGAACCUACUUCAGAGCCCCCAGAAUCGAAGCACUAUAUCUAUAUGGUCUAUCUAUCGCAAUUCCCAGCAUACACACACACACACACACACAUACACACUCACAACCACACGCUCACAUGAGAUACACCUGAGUAACACACACUCACAUGAGACACACCUCUUCUCCCAUACAUUCACACAUUCGUACUAAAUAUCAGUAUCACUUGCGCCUGCUCACUGAGUUAUGUUUAAUGUAUGAGUUUUAUAUGAUAUCUAAACGUAGUAGAGGAAGGAAGAAGAAAUAAACACAAAUAUAUAUACUUAUAUUUGUACUGGAUCUGUGAUAUGUAUUUAAAAACAACAAAGAAAAAGAAAAACAACAAAACAAAGCAAAAAUAUAUUUAUUAAAAGGAAGUCAAACGAUACUUGAAAUUAAUUAUGAAAUAAUUAAUUUUUUAAUGAGACAACUAAGAGAAAUGAAAAGCUUUACUUGAAAAGCAAAAAAAUCUCCCCCGAAAUCAAGUUCUCAAUUCAUCGAUGCAUGGACAGUUCGCUAGAGUCUAGACUCCAGGCUCCAAGCUCCAGACUCCAGGCUCCAGGCUCCAGAGUCUAGAGUCCCCAAUCCCAUAUGCAUACGUAUUCACCGCAAAAGGUCUUUGCCAGUUCCAAUCACUCCGUUUCCCAGAAAUGUCCGAUUUGCGAGCCAAUAGAGUAGAUCCCCCCGCGUGGCUGAGGGGGCGUGACGAAGGGAAGAUGGGAAAAUGGGAAAAUGGAGCUACUCGGGUGUCGAACCGAUCGGAUGAGAGGUCAGAUCCGAUCCCAUCGGUUCAAAGGACCCACCCGCGUCCCGCUUUCGACGUGUUUAUGCUUGUUUGGAUUUUAUUGUUUAAAUGCGUUUGUUAUUUGCUGUACAAAUUGAAGCUUCACGCAACCCGCAAAAAACCAUAGUUGGGUGGCUUCAGCACCGCCUGCCCCAAAUGCAAGCUGCAAUUUGGAAGUUGCAAGUUGCACCAUUUAGGCAGAGUCCUUCGGCCGCAUGAUUGCUUUGUGCUUUCCAUCGAUGCUUUCCACUGUUACUGCCACUGGCAUCCACGAGAACCCACUUAUCAGGCACAUUCGUCACGCAACUCAUCCUCUAUCGAGCACCAACACCCUCUCCCGAGCACCAACUAUCCAACUAUUCAGCUAUCCAAGAAAUCAACUAUCCGCUGCAACCCGAUACUAAACUAGUAAACUUUGGAAAGACGUGCGCAUUCAUUCAGUUCGAUUCACCCAGUACACAGACGAGUUUUAGAAGCUUAGGAGUUUUAUUAACUUAUUGAAAGGCAUCUAUAAACAAUAACGAUGGAGGGAUGGAUAGGUGGUAGGGAAAAAAAAGUAAUACAGCUGUUAUUUCAACGACGGAGUCUAUUAGUGUUAAAGUAGUAAGCAUAAAAGCGACUUUUAUUAACUAUAUACAUACAGUGCAUAAAUAUCUAAAGUAAUUCAAAUUCAACUUUGAACAUUUUGAAGAAUGAGAAAAAACCCAACAAGAAAUAUAGCGAAGUUGCCAUUAAUUUUGCACUUCGAAAUGAAAUCCGCAUGUUGCUAAAAAUACAAAUAUGUAAAGAGGAGUUCAAUUUAUCAAUCAAAUCUCGUAUAGUACAUACAAAUAUUGCAUACAUACAUAACUACAUACUUAAAGCGAAGAGAAGCGAGCGAUGAGAGUAACUUUAAUUAUUAUUUGUUAUGCUUUGCCACCCACACUGUUAUUAGAACAAUUAAACAUUACGAUGCGUAUGCAUUAUACAUACUCGUAUAUAAAUGUACACAUACACCCCAUAUGCAUAUGGUAUACCUGUACGUAUACCAACAUACAUGGAAGAUGUUGCGAAUAUGUUUGCGAUUUGAUGCGAACCCCGCUGGUAUUUGAUAGGUCGGAGAACUAACUGAAUCAUUAUAUAACCUCAUUAUAGCAUUGUAUGUAUAAAAUUCUAUCGGAAAACUCGAUCGGCCGAAACAAUUCGGCUGCGGAGACGAUCAUUCAGCAGCCACAACAAGAAGCAUACAACAUUAGUAAAAUAUUAAAUACUAUAUAUAUAUACACAUACACUAAAGGUAUAAAACGUAGUCGUUAGUGUGAUAAAUAAAAUUAAUAUUAAUUAAUUCAAGCAAAUAAAAGUGGUUUAACGAUUCAAACAAAAGAACCCAGUACCCAAAAAAAAGAGGAACGUGCAGGGCCUCAAUUUCCGACAAUGAAAACUGCAGCUCGGCACGGACCCCAAAAGCUAUUUAUUUAUCUGCGUUUCCAUUUGGCACAAUUCAUUUAGCACACAUGGGUCUGCAGCAAAACCAAUAUGUAAAGUAGCCGAAAAAAAGAUUUUAAAAAACUCCCUCAAUCGAAUGAUCGAAAGAAGUUAGCCCCAGGCACGAGAUAUUGCUGUGCAGUAUGGGAUGUGCGGGCGGUAAAUAUACCUUAGCCGUAAUGCCGUUAAAUGAUCCUAGCCAUAAGUCAUAUAAUUCAUGAAACUACAUCACAGUCAUAGUGAAAACAACAUACUAUAUUUCAAUGAAAUCUUAUUCAGUGUACAAAAUAGUUAACGGCAAAUGAAUAUUAACUUUCGGAUCGUAACAAGUAAAAGUCGAAUUUUCGAGUCUUCUUCACUUAAACACUUUCGCAACCCAAAACUAGGCCGUUGCAUACGUGAGUACCUUAGAAAACAGUAACAAAAGUUAAAUAGAAAUUACGGCCUUCACGAUAUCUGGCCAAUAUCAAAAAAACAGCAACAGGUCCCGCUCCCCGAAAGUCAUUUCGCUCAACUCGUAGUAGUUCCCUCAUUUCUCACAUACAAGCGACUAGAGAUCCCCAAAAAUACAAUCGAUUCGGUAGCAUUACUUUGCGAUCCUCUGAAAGUUUCCCCCGAGACCUAGGACAUCCAUUGCGCUCAUGGGGAUAUAUGUAUCUCACGAUCUAGAAACACUAGUGCACUCUUCACUCGACGUCAAAUUCCGAUGCACACUAUAGGCAUUACGAACAGCAGCAGCAGCAGAAGCCACACUUUUCGAUCUCUCAAUAGUUUCAUAGAGAAGAAUUAAUUAUAAUGAUAUUGACACGGAUCGAUGAUGGUCAUUCGAAAGCGCGGAACAUUAGCAAAAAACAAAAAAACAAGCAAAACAUCAUGGAAACUCAUUCAAAAGUAAAAGUACUAAAUCUUUUAUGAUUUGACUGUGAUAAUAAUAAUGACAAAAUGAGAAAUGAAGUCGGAAGGUGUAAACAAAUUAACGUAUAUAGAGUAUUUAAAUGUAUGUAAAUACAAUGCAAAUGUAAUAUUAACCUAGGUGCGAAACGAAAUGAUGGCUCCAAGAAAACAGCGCGGAAUAAGGCAAAUAGCAAUCCGGCAAUCCGGUGUGUGGAGAAAGUAGAGAUUGUUGAUUAAAUAGCCGUAAUGAAAACGAAAAUUCGUUGCGCAGAGUAACAAGUUUUACUUAUACAUAUUAGCAAAAUAUUUAAAUAAAAUUUUAGCAAACCAAAUCCCUUUCUGAGUGCAAACGAACCCAAAAUAAAAGGCAACUGAAGGUCCUAAUUGAAGUAAACAAAUUAAAUGCGAAAUGAAAUCAACGAUAUUUAGUUAUGCUCUAUUUACAAAGUAUAAUCAAUUGAAGUUUUUUAAAAAUCAAGUAGCAAAGCAAACGAUUUUAUAGAUUUAUUCAUUUAGCAUUUGAAAAUCGCUAUGGUAAAAGUUCACACAUAACCACGGUAUAAAAUAGGUUUUCUUCAUUUCGCUCAAUUUCAUUUAAAGAGGUAUAGAUUUGAACAAAAAAAAAAAACCAAAAACCAAAACGUACGACAAGUAACAGAAAAAUAGUCUAGUGAAAUCUUUAAACAAUUAAAUCAAAAGGUAUCCCUACAAGAAGAUUCUUUAAAGUAGCUCAUUCAAGUUUUAAUAAAUCGAGAAAAACAUAAUUUUUGCAAUUAAACAAAACGAUAAGAAAUUCUGUACAAUUGCGAACGAAAAGUAUGCAAACAGUUACUCCUCUCUACAUACAUAUAUAUGCAUAGCUAUAUAACCCCAAGUGAAUCAUACUCGAACAAAAAAAUGAAAACGAAAAUGAAAAAGAAAAUUAAUAAGAAAAUGAACAAGAUUAUAAUGCAGAUUGCGACUAAAACUUUACGGUAAUGGCGCGCUAAACGGCCAAUAAUAAAAUGAAAGCUAAGCUAGGUAGGCGAUGGAUCGGUACCGACGUUAGGUACAGUGCGGAACAUACAUGUAUAUCGAAUGUAAUGGUUAUGUUAUGUAAUGCGUUGGCGCAUCUGUAUGUAUGUAAUAGUAUUUAUAGAAAAUUUGUUGAAUACAUAUAUACACACGCAGACACACAAACACAGAGAAACACUCCAACCAGGAAAGCCAAUAAGUGCAUACUACAUACACAGAAACAUUAUAACGAUCCGCAUCCAGGAUGGAAAAUUAGAAAUGCAAAGUUAGGACGGUACAUAAAUGAAUUACGUGAAUUACACACUACACAUUUAAGAACGAUUAUAUAAAAAUGACAAAACUAAUAAAAAUUAUAUUAUAAUUCAAUGAGCU